AUGUUCUCUGCCGUUCAUUUCUCGGCCUCCUGGUGCACCACCAACUUCUUCCUCAUCGCCAUCUCUAUCGCCGUGGCGUAUUUUCUUCUCCACGCUUUCUACAACCUCUUUCUCUCUCCUCUCUCUGCGAUACCCGGUCCAUGGUACUAUUCCAUUUCCGACCUUUUCAUCACCUCCCAGGUCGUCCGUCUGCGUCAGUGCAAGGCGGUUCAGUCUCUCUUCGAAAUCUAUGGGCCCGUCGUCCGCAUCGGGCCCAACAAGGUCGUCUUCCGUGAUAUCUCGACCAUGCGCAACGUGUACUCUGUGCACAAGUUCGAUAAGAGCACUUUUUACAAAAGUUUAUUAACCAACGACAACGAUCACGCUAUGACAACUUUAGACCACGCUAGUCACUCUAUCCGACGUAAAUCAUACGCACAGCACUAUACUCCAAGCAACGUCGCGCAAUUCCAGCCCGAAAUGCAUGAAUUCACUUUCCAGCUUAUUAAUUCGCUCGAGAAUAUUGGCGGGAAAUCUCCCGUCGAGUGCCUGGCACUCUUCCGACACCUAAUGGUCGAUGUUGUAGUUUCUUCUUCCUUCGGUUAUCGCCUCGGAGCAGUGGGCAAAUGGGCCAUGGACGUCGAGGAUCCCCUGUCCACGGCGAUAAACGACUUCCCUAAGCGCGGUAUUCUUCGCAGCAUCGUUCCAGCUUGGACCUGGAAUUUAGUUUGCCGCAUCCCUAACAACCGAUGGAGACAAAUGUGCGACUCCGACAAAAUUCUCGCCGAGUUUGUGAGCGCACGGGUGUAUGAGAUGCGUGGUCAGCUCAACGCUGGAAAACUGGGCGAUAGCGAAAAGACAUCUAUGCUGCAACGCCUUUUGCAAUACAAAUAUACCCCAAAUCAGCAGAUGCCUGAUCACGAUAUUAUCUCGGAAUGCAUAGGUCAUUUUAUGGCUGGCACAGACACUACGUCGACAUCUAUCACAUACUUGUUUUGGGAGUUAAGCCGUCGUCCCGAUAUAAUGAAGAAACUUCAAUGCGAAUUGGAUGAGGCAAUUCCCGAUUCCAAGGUUCUCCCAGAAAUGGCCGUUCUGCAAGACCUGCCCUACCUGAGUGCAUUCAUGAAAGAAGGCCUCCGCGUGUAUACAGCCGUCCCUAGCCUUCUUGAGCGUGUCGUACCUUCUUCGACCUCCAAGAAUGGAGCGACGGAUGAGAUUUUCGACUUGAUGGGCUACGCUCUUCCUCCCGGAACCACUGUGGCCACACAAGCAUGGUCGAUGCAUCGAGACAGCACCGUUUUCCCAUCUCCCGAUAAAUUCAUCCCCGAGCGCUGGCUCGAAAGCUCGUCUACCACACGCAGUGACCUGGCAAUGAUGGCGGCCCAUAUGAUGCCCUUCGGAACGGGGACCCGUGUUUGCGGUGGUCAGAAUUUGGCGCUGAUGAUGCUCAGAUUGGCUGUUGCUGCAUUUGUGAGGAACUUCGAUAUCAGUGCUCCGAGCGAAACGACGGCACAAAGUAUGGAUAUCAAAGAUAGCUUUGUUAUCUUCCCCUCCGCUAUGGAAUGCAAACUUAUUUUCACCCCUCGCGCUACCUAUUAA